AUGUCUUCCAAAUACUUACCAGUGUUGUUCCUGCUCGGAGUGGUUCUUUUCAUCACUUCCUCACUUGCUGAUAACCAUCAUGAGCCUCCCAAAAAUGAGCAUAAGCCACCAGAACACAAACCACCAAAUCACAAACCACCUCACGGACACAUGUUGGUAGAGGAAGUUGAGGACUCACACAAGCCCAAUUUCCCAGGACAUGGUGGCAAGGGUGAGAAGCAACCACCCAACAAGCCUAAUUUCCCAGGACACGGUGGCAAGGGAGAGAAGCAACCACCAAAACACAAGCCACCGCAUGGAAACAUGUUGGUGGAGGAAGCUGAUGACUCACACAAGCCUAAUUUCCCUGGACAUGGUGGCAAGGGAGAGAAGCAACCACCGAACAAGCCUAAUUUCCCAGGACAUGGUGGCAAGGGAGAGAAACAGCCACCCAACGAGCCUAAUUUCCCUGGACAUGGUGGCAAUGGAGAGAAGCAACCACCCAAGCACAAGCCACCGCAUGGACACAUGUUGGAGGAGGAAGUUGAGGACUCACACAAGCCUAAUUUCCCAGGACAUGGUGGCAAGGGAGAGGAGCAACCACCCAACAAGCCUAAUUUCCCAGGACAUGGUGGCAAGGGAGAGAAGCAGCCACCCAACGAGCCUAAUUUCCCAGGACAUGGUGGCAAGGGAGAGAAACAGCCACCCAACGAGCCUAAUUUCCCAGGACAGGGUGGCAAGGGAGAGAAGCAACCACCCAAACACAAGCCACCGCAUGGACACAUGUUGGAGGAGGAAGUUGAGGACUCACACAAGCCUAAUUUCCCAGGACAUGGUGGCAAGGGAGAGGAGCAACCACCCAACAAACCUAAUUUCCCUGGCCACGGUGGCAAGGGAGAGAAGGAGCCACCAAAGCACAAGCCGCCAACUCAUGGAGAAGUUGAGGAUUCACAUAAGCCACCCAGGAAGCUGAAGCCACCAACUCAUGGAGAGAAGGAACCAAAGCCCUACCACAAGCCACCCCAUAAGCCCCCAUCUUCCAAUUGA